CUGCGUUUCCAAAUACCCAGAGACAAACUGCGUGAACGUGAUGCCACUGUAGCAGGACAUAUUGAAAUGACAGGAUCUCGGUGUUGUUCGGAAGCCUCGUUUGGUGUUUGCUAAGGAAUGAUAUCGUCGGGAACAAACCGGGAGAUGGACGGGAGGACCAGCGAGGACGCUGCCGCCAGCCUGUGUUUACAGCUGGACCUGGGGGACUUCGAUUCAGCCAAGAAGGCGCAGAUAACAGAGAUGACGUCCCCAUUUGGAGUCGGCCAAGCCCAUGAGAAAAAGAUUGGCCACAGGAGGGUAGAUGCCUCUGGAGAGACAACAUAUAAGAAGACUCCCUCCUCUGCCUUGCAAGGCUCCAUCCAGCUGGGUAUUGGGUACACUGUCGGCAACCUCAGCUCCAAGCCUGAGAGAGAUGUGCUGAUGCAGGACUUUUAUGUGGUGGAAAGUAUCUUCUUCCCCAGUGAAGGCAGUAACCUCACUCCAGGCCACCACUACCCAGACUUCAGGUUUAAAACCUACGCCCCGGUGGCCUUCCGCUACUUCCGAGAGCUGUUUGGGAUCCGACCGGAUGACUACCUGUAUUCUAUAUGUAAUGAGCCACUGAUUGAGUUGACAAACCCAGGAGCUAGCGGAUCGAUAUUCUAUGUGACCCGCGAUGACGAGUUCAUCAUCAAAACUCUUCAGCACAAAGAGGCGGAGUUUCUCCAGAAACUCCUCCCCGGGUACUACAUGAACUUGAACCAGAACCCCCGGACUUUGCUGCCAAAGUUUUUUGGCCUCUACUGUGUCCAGUGCGGGGGCAAGAACAUCAGAGUCGUCGUGAUGAACAAUAUUUUACCAUGCUCUGUACGCAUGCACCUCAAAUUUGAUCUAAAGGGUUCCACAUACAAGAGGCGAGCGUCCAAGAAGGAAAGAGAGAAGUCCAAACCCACUUUUAAAGACCUGGACUUUCUGAACGACGUCCCUGAAGGCCUCACUCUGGACCAGGACACGUACGGCGCUCUGGUCAAAACUCUGCAGAGAGACUGCCUGGUUCUGGAAAGCUUUAAGAUUAUGGACUACAGUUUGCUGCUGGGGGUCCACAACAAAACCCAAGCCAAGCGAGAGCACCAGUCUCAGGGCUCACCUGCAGCCGGUGGGGACGAGAAGAGGCACGCAGCUCAGAGAGCCUUGUAUUCCACGGCCAUGGAGUCCAUCCUGGGAGGCUCCACAUGCAGGGACACGCUGGACCAUGAUGACACUAUGGGUGGUAUUCCAGCUGUGGGUAGUAAAGGAGACCACCUCCUGCUCUUCAUUGGAAUCAUUGACAUCCUGCAGUCCUACAGAAUGAUCAAGAAACUGGAGCACUCCUGGAAGUCCCUCAUCCAUGACGGGGACACAGUGUCAGUCCACAGGCCGAGCUUCUAUGCUAACAGGUUCUACAAAUUCUCGAGCACCAUCGUGUUCAAGAAGAGCAGCUCAUUGCGGUCGUCUCCAUCCAAGAGAGGACGAGGGGCGCUCUUCAUGUCCAAGUCCAGUGCAGGAACGGGUUCAGCCGGGCAGCGUCCUUUAUUGAGUGAUGAGACGCAGGACAACCUGGACAACCUGGACAACUUCCAGAACCUACGAGAAGUUUGCAGCAUGCUGGAGGACAAUGGGAGAGAGCCGCCCUGCACUCCUUCUUUUGAGGAUGCCACCACAGCUUCUAUUGCCACCACGCUCUCCUCUAACAACUCCUUACCCACAACCCCCUUCGAUACUCCAGAGCACCCACGCUACAGGAGACAAAUGCUUUCCCCGAGUGUGGCCAGGGCACAGAGAGAGGUCGUGGAGGUUCAUGCGGAGAAGCAGGACACGAUUACAGUGGAGGUGCAGCUCAGUAAUAUCCCAACGAGCACUGAGCUCACACAGAGGACAGAAAUGACCUCUCCCAGCCACCAGUCACCUGACCACCAGCUCCAUGCCGCUGCCCCAUCCACCCCUCCCUCUCUUAGUCCAUCCUCAGCAUAUUCCUCCUCUACUCUUCCUUCUUCCUUUGUGUCUUCCUCCUUCGCUGCUCAAUCCGCUAGCCAGUCAUCCUCCACACUUGCUUCAUCCAUCUGUCCAUCCACCAAACCACUCACUUCUUCUACCGCUGCUCAGUCUUCCACUCUUUCUUCUCUGAUCUCUCCUUCAGCUGCUCAAUCCAAACUUCUCACUUCAGCUCCGAACACCUCCUCCCUCCCGCCUGGCUCAGCAUUUACUCCCAUCUGCCCUGCAUCUUCUCACUCCUCCACCCAGAGCUCUUCUCCACAUCUCCCUUCGACCCCUCCCCCCUCCCACCCUCCAAGCCCCCAGGUGCCUCAGCAGGCGCUGAAAACACCGUGCAACCAGCUGUCUGUGUCCAGCAGCCACAACUCGUUGGAUGGAGAGGUGCCGGUGUCUGACAUCUACUUUUAUGCAGAUGGCAGAUAUUGGGUGUACUCUCCUGUUCUUGGCCGUCGUAAGCUAAAUUCUAGCUUGAGUUACAAUCAGACUCCGGAGGAUCGGGGCUGGGUGUGCUCUCCUCUGCACUUCAGCUCAGAGUCCAGGAGGGGCUCCGACGGGGAGAGUGAGACAUAACUCCCAGUGGAACAGCAGUGGGGGGCAGAGCCAGAGGCUGUCCCCAUGUACAGAAGCUGUGAGGUUUUAAUAACAAAGCCACCAGGACACUAUGAUAAUUAAUGCUAGUUGCCCAGGCUGCAUGUGGGAGCUUGCUUUGCCCACAGAGACGAAACAAAUGAUCUUAGAAGCAUUCAAGUGUUGAAAAAUAUAAUGAUGUGUAUACACUCGCAUAAAUUCAAAUGAACAUACAUACAUAACAUUGUAUGAAAAACUGAAAAUCAUAUAGCAUCAAAUCCUUGACAAUCUGACUGAUACCAAGCAGAUAAAUAAAGAUGAAUCACAAUUAGCUGAGUGACACGGUUAUUAAGUCAGGUAUGUGGAGGAUUGCUCUGGACAUGAGUCACGCUGCUCUGGAUAUGCAACUUGGACAUAUGUAUUAUUGAUUUCUCCUUUUGAUGAACUACUUCAGAGUUUAUUCAAAUGUUUAUUUUUCACUAGGGGCAUGUCAAAGCUGUAUAUAAUUUAAUUUUAGCACUUUAUCACUGUACAUGUGGCUGAAAUUGUAUUUGUCUGGUUAUUUGGUCAUCAAUUAUUGUUUGAAAUACUCAGGCACAGUCAAUGUGUGACGUACGGUGUGCGCACAGUGUUCUGUUGUGUUCCAGGGUUGUGUGUUGGUCCAUGGAAACUUUGAUCAGAGAAUGAAUGGUUGUGUUCAAAAUGCCUUAUCGAAAAACUCAUUUUCAUGACUGUUUUUCAUAUUUCGGUCACUUCUAACCAUUUGAAAAUAACUCCUAAAUAUAAACAUACAGAUAAUUUUAUUGUGUGUAAAAACAAAAUAUUAGUUAGUUAACAAAUAUAGAGACCAUGUAGUUACACCUACAGGAUUUAGGACCAAAAGAACAACAGUGAACAAAGCAAAAAAAAUGAAUGAAUCUUUUCCAAAUGAUAGGUAGUGUAUGUGCUUCAGCACAUGCAUGUCAGUUUGUAUGUGCCCUUAUGUCUCAGUGUGUGCAUGUGUCUGCAUGCAUAUAUUAACGUGUGAUUGGAAAACAUUCUGUCCUGCCUAUUUGUCAAACUGUCAAAAGAUGUAACUUCCAUUUGUUGUAAUAGGCCAUGAAAGUCUGAACCAGCUACUCGCAUGUUGGCUGUGUGAGAAUAUGGAAAUAGUCUUCUAUGACUGGAUUAAUAAAUAUCCCAAUUAAAAAAACUGAGCUUAAGUGAAACAACCUCAGAUUGUUUAGAGUUUGGUAAGAACAUCAAUCUUUGGUUACCACAGACAGUACCUCCCUGCUUCUAUACAUGGGGAUCAUUGAGUGCCUUGAGAAGCGCUAUAUAAAAUAAAUGAUUAUUAUUAUUAUUAUUAUUAUUAUUAUUAUUAUUAUCAUCAUCAGACUUCCUGACUGGGUGGAUAAGCACUGCUGUGACAUAGGACUGUGUCAUCUGAGUCUGCUGUGUGUGUGUAGCUGAUCACUGUGUGUGAAGCUGAUCACUGUGUUGAAGACAAUAAAAAUGAUAUACAUAUUUA